AUGAAGCCAUGUGAUCUUGACAGCGGUCAUUAUUGUGACCCAAGAUCACCAGCUCCUCGAUCACUAACCAGUUCCAUCCCGCGGGGGCCACGCGCGUCCAAGAUGAUGCUCAUCCAUUAUCCAAUUGGAGCUCGGAUAACCGGCUGUUGCCAACUGAUUCAUUCGCUCUUCGCCGGCCGAGAGGAUGUACGUCACGCGAAUUUGUCCAGGGAUUAUCCAAUUGUCCUUCGAGGUCUUGCGGCCGCCUCCUUGAGAGUCCGGUGCCGGCCAGUAUCGUCUCGGUCUUUCUAUUGGAGAUAUAGCUCGACCCUUUGCCACGUAAGAUGA